AAGCGUCAUGGGGCUUUUUGGCGCAUGCUCACUUCGGCCCGGGAGCUGUGGCGCAUGCGCCAAAAGCCCGAUGACGUCAUCGGUAUAUAAAACCCGUUCCCCACCCUUCUCGUUCAUUCCUGGACUUGUCUGAGGUAUCAAGCGACUCUCAAUUGAAGCUCUUGACGUCGAGGAUUUUUUUUUCCAAGACCAAAAAAUCCCCUAAAAAAAUGUUUUUCUCUACUCGAUUAACGGACAUUUGACUUUUUCUAUUUUUUACUAUUCUUUUUUUGCUCCAGAUUUAUUCAAGAAGGAAAAAGCUAGCAUUCUAGCCACAUCAUUUCCCAUCCAAAAGUCAUUUUCAGUCAAAUAAUGAUGACAGUUUGAACUGUCUUUAAAGAAAAAAAUUGCUCUUAAGCACAAAAAAAAAUUAGGUACCCGAGACGCAGAGGAGAAUUAUAAAUAGCUGCAAUGGCAGUUUGCCCAGUGGACCCCAGGGAGGUGCUGAAAGGAGUGGAGAACCUAUUGGGGAAGGAUGGUGAGCUCCGAAGCCUGGAGGGCGUUCCCAAAGUAUUCAGUCUCAUGAAGGCCUCCCAUAAAAUGGUCAGCAGGUGCAUGUAUCUGAAUAUCCUACUGCAGACCAAGUCACAUGACAUCCUUAAUCGAUUUAUCCGUGUUGGUGGCUAUAAGUUGCUGAAUUCUUGGUUGACUUAUGCCAAGACCACCACCAAUACCCCGAUGUUACAGCUUAUUCUGCUUACUCUGCAAAAAUUGCCUCUCACAGUGGACCAUCUCAAACAGAACAACACAGCGAAGCUGGUCAAGCAUCUGAGCAAGAGCGGAGAGACUGAAGAUUUGAGAAAGCUCGCCUUGGUACUCGUCGAAGGUUGGAUGGCCAUCAUCCGAUCCCAGAGCGUCGCCAGCGGCGCCUCGCCCAACGACAAAAAACGUAAGAAGGAGGAUAUCAAAGUGCGUCCUGAGGUAAAGACUAGUGAGAAAGUGACAGAAGAGGAGAGGAAACGAGAAAAACCAAAGGCCCAUGCACCCAGUCAUGCGAAGAUCCGCUCCACAGGUUUGGAAGUAGAGACUCCAACACCCGUCCCUACGAAAAAAGUCCCUGUAGUCCCCCAGCUUGGAGACAAAUACAACAUCAAACCUGCUGUCCUUAAGAGGCCGAGUUCUGCUGCAUCAGACGCGCCGCCUGUGGAGAAAAAGUACAAGCCUCUCAACAUCACCCCCAAUUCAGCCAAAGAAAUCAAAGUCAAGCUUAUUCCUCCACAACCUAUGGAGAGUCUGGGCUUUCUGGACGCCCUCAAUUCUGCUCCUGUGCCUGGAAUCAAGAUCAAGAAAAAGAAACCAAAGGCGGCCUCGCCUACCUCAAACAAGCCAUGUCCGUUUGAAAGCAAGCCACAGUCGUACUCAAGCACCCAGGCCAAGCCUUCUUCCCCUGAGGCUCCUGCAUCUCACACUCCUCCACAUGAGCCCCAAGACCUGGAGCAGCCAGGGACGCCUGUCCCCACUGAGGACCCCGAGGCUAUGGACACCGACAAACCUAACGCACUUUCAGAGCCACGCGGAGAGGAAGAAAGCCUGACGAAGAAAGGCAAGAAAAAGAAGAGCGUUCGCUGGGCUGAAGAAGAGCAGCUCAAGGAAUAUUUUUACUUCGAUCUAGACGAGACCGAGAGAGUAAACGUCAAUAAGAUUAAGGACUUCGGUGAAGCAGCCAAGCGUGAGCUGAUGAUGGACCGGCACACGUUCGAGAUGGCCCGUCGACUCUCACACGACACCAUGGAAGAGCGGGUGCCCUGGACGCCCCCGAGACCUCUCACCCUAUCCGGUUGUUUGGUCACUCCAGGGUCCAACAGCAGUGAGAAGAUGACCCAGAGGGACCGAGAGAUGGGCAUCCUCCAGGAGAUCUUCCUCAACAAGGAGAGUGUCCCAGACAGUCCACAUGAGCCAGACCCUGAGUCUUAUGAGCCAAUGCCGCCACGUCUCAUUCCUCUGGAUGAGGAAUGUGCGAUGACUGAUGACAGCUACAUGGAAACCUCAGAUAUUCCUGCGUCGUGUCCCCCCCAGGCAGCCCAGGAGGGCUCCAAACUGCCUCCUGUCCUCGCUAAUCUCAUGGUCAGUAUGAACAGCGGUCGCAGCCCUCAAGCACAGAGCAACACUCCACCUCCCAACAAUCCAGCGAUGAACGUCCAAGAACUCCUCAGCUCCAUCAUGGGUGCUCAUGGAUCUAAUCAGUCAGCGGAGGACCUCAUUAAGCAGCCCGAUUUCUCUGACAAGAUCAAGCAGCUUUUGGGAUCUCUGCAGCAGAAUCAGAACCAGAACCAGAACCAACAGGGAAACCCACCACCCAUGAACGCAGGUCUGCUCGGCCACGGCCCCAACAUGAACAACAACAACAUGAACAUGCCGAUGCCCAUGAACGGCGGAUUCCCACCGAACAAGCCGCCCGGCGGUCCUCACUUCGGCCCCCCUCCCCCUCCUCACGGGCACGGCCCCCCGUUCGGCGGAGGAGGUCCACGCAUGAUGGGCCCUCCCCCCGGACCUCAGGGCAGAGGAGGGGACAACGGAAACUACUGGGGAGACGACUCUAUGCGCGGAGGACCACACCGGGGUGGCCAUUUCCACCGCGGGAGAGGAAGAGGCGGAGAUCAAGGAUUCAGAGCGGGAGGACGAGGAGGACCACGCGGUGGGCACAACAACAUGGGUGACAUGUCCAAAAGACCCGUGUGUCGCCAUUUCAUGAUGAAAGGGAACUGCAGAUAUGAAAACAACUGCGCUUUUUAUCACCCGGGAGUGAACGGUCCUCCUCUACCCCCCCAGCACGGGCAUUAAUGAACUCAGAGCAGCCCCUUUGUCAAGACUGGUCGCGAUCCUACCGCUUUCUUGCACUAGAGGGCGGUAGAGCGCAUAA